UUGUACAGAUUUGUUUCAAACUUGAAAAUAUUUGUACGUCCUUUUCUUCUAAUUACACAGUUGCUUUCUGUUCAAAACCCUUUCCUUCGAGAAAAGACUUGAAUGUGUGGGCGUCUCCUUCUGUCUCGGGGUGUGGGGUGGGUCUGAGUGACGCUCGGUCGGCCGUAGUAGUCCUCCCUCAUUGGGCCCCGCCUCCAGCAUCAGGGGUUAUGUAAGUUUUUCAGCUGCCAGCCCUCCUUCCUGCCUCUGCCUCAUGUUGACAUUGUUAUUGAAAACUGCACACAGAGCGGGCCAGCCAGUAGUCAGUGAGUCAGUCAGUCACUGUGGCAGUAGUGCUAUCGAAAGGCUCAACGUAAAACAAGCUGACGGACAGUCAUCACUGCAUCCUGUUGGCUUUCUUAAGGCUUUUGGCUGUGCCUGGAGGGUAGCAGAUUGUUUUAAGCAGGAGUUGGGGGGAAAUCAAAAAGAGAGGAGGAGGGGAAAAGCCAAGAAGAACUGAGAAGCCUGUUUCUUCACUCCCGAGUCAUGCUGCUCCUGGACGAAUCCGAGUCGUUCACAGAUCAGUCCCACUGCGCCUCCUUCAGCUCAGAGAAUGAGGCUCAGGGAGGCGACACCGCAGCAUGGCAGCGUACCCCUCCGCCAUCUACCUCACCUUCAGGGGGGACGCCAGCCAACGCUCCCCCCUCACAACCUGCUUCAAGACCCUCCAGCCAAAGGACCACCCCGCCCGCCACCCUGACAGGAAAUAGAAAGAGGAGCUCCAAACCCUCGCACAUGAGACGCAACAUUCGGAAGUUACUGAGGGACCAUCAGCUGGAAGCAGUCACCAGAAGUGCUCAGCAGGAGGAACAACAGAGAAGGCAACGUCUGGGUGAUCAGAGAAAGCAAGAUUUCCCCAUACCACUGCUGCCUGAAUAUCAAACAGGUGAUGUAACAAAGCAUGUGUCAUCAUCAUCAGUGUCGCAGCAGGAGUUGCGACAGGAAGUCAUCUGCUUCGAGUCCAGUAGCUCCGGCACAUGCCAGGACGUCAAGACCAACAUAUGUGCCUCCACCACUGAGCCCACGCACAAAACAGGUGCGAGUAAUCUGAGCCAGAGUGAGGAUGAUGCUAACAGCAGUGACUCCGCCCACCAUGAAAUAGAGCGUGAGCAAAGUGGCAUGCACAUCAACGACAGCUUGAAUCGGCCAGAUGACCAAGGACGGGUGCUGGUCAACUUGAACCAUCCGGUAACAGACACAGACAUUUUCCUGUCACCUCAGCUGGCACGAGCAGUGAAACCUCACCAGAUCGGCGGAAUUCGUUUCCUGUACGACAACCUGGUGGAGUCGGCGGAGCGUUUCAGCAGCAGCAGUGGUUUUGGCUGCAUCCUGGCCCACAGUAUGGGCCUGGGCAAAACGCUGCAGGUCAUCUCCUUCAUUGACAUUCUCUUCAGAUACACAAAGGCCCACACCGUGCUCGCCAUCGUACCUGUGAACACGCUGCAGAACUGGCUGGCAGAGUUUAACAUGUGGGUCCCAGAUGCCGAGGCCGUGCCGCCAGAUAGCGACCAUGGCCUGGUACGGCCUCGAAACUUCAAGGUUCACAUCCUCAAUGACGAACACAAAAACACAACAUCCAGGGCCAAGGUGGUGGAGAACUGGGUCCAGGAUGGAGGUGUGCUGCUAAUGGGCUAUGAGAUGUUCCGCCUCUUGUCGCUCAAGAAGAACUUUGUGUCUGGGAGAAAGAAGAAGAGCAAGAAAACUGCGGGGCCUGUCACAAACAACCUGGCUGAGGAGGACCGGCAGCAGAAAUUACUCAUAGCUAUUGAGAGAGCCUUGGCCAGGCCUGGUCCUGACGUGGUGAUUUGCGAUGAGGGUCAUCGCAUUAAAAACUGCCAUGCCAGCACCUCUCUGGCUCUGAAGAACAUUCGAACCAAGCGCCGUGUGGUCUUGACGGGGUAUCCACUCCAGAACAACCUAAUGGAGUACUGGUGCAUGGUUGACUUUGUUCGGCCUGACUUCCUCGGCUCACGGCAAGAAUUCAGUAACAUGUUUGAGCGUCCCAUUCUGAACGGGCAGUGUGUGGACAGCACACCCCAGGACAUUCAAUUGAUGAGGUACAGGAGCCACGUGCUACAUAGCAUGCUGGAGGGCUUCGUACAGAGACGAGGCCACGAUGUUCUUAAGGACCAGCUGCCCUCUAAGGAGGAGCACGUGAUCCUAGUGCGCCUGUCUCCCCUGCAAAGGGCGCUCUACACAGAGUUCAUGAACCGCUUCAGAGAGGCGGGGAACUCUGGCUGGCUCAGCCUCAACCCGCUCAAAGCCUUUAGCGUCUGCUGCAAGAUUUGGAACCAUCCAGAUGUGCUCUAUGAAGCCUUACAGAAGGAAAACCUGGCCAAUGACCAGGACUUGGACCUUGACGACAUCACCUCAGCUGCACCAACAUGUUGUCCCACUGCCGCCGAUCAGAAGCCAAAGCCCCUGGAAACCCCUAACCCAAAUGGGGGAGUGAGUCUCAACCAUUUGCAGGAGAAGGCCAAUCAGGUCAUCACAUACGAAUGGGCGAAGGACAUAAUGUGUGAUUACAAGCCCGGCAUCCUGGAGAACUCUGCAAAAAUGGUACUGCUCUUCCACCUGAUUGAGGAGAGUGUCACAAAGGGAGAUAAACUUCUUGUUUUCAGUCAGAGUUUGUCAACUCUAACUGUGAUUGAGGAUUUCCUGGCUAAGAGGCCUGUACCGCGUUCUCCCAACACCUCCGCCAAGGACACAGCCAGUCAGAACUGGGUCCGAAAUGUCAACUAUUACAGACUGGAUGGCAGUACAACCACUUCAGAGCGAGAAAGAUUAAUUAACCAGUUCAACGAUCCCAACAACACAUCAGCUUGGGUCUUCCUGUUGUCAACCAGGGCAGGUUGUCUGGGCGUGAACUUGAUCGGAGCAAACCGUGUGGUGGUUUUUGACGCCUCCUGGAACCCGUGCCAUGAUGCCCAGGCUGUUUGCCGUGUCUACCGCUACGGUCAGAAGAAGCAGUGUCACGUCUACAGGCUCGUGUGUGAUUUCACGCUUGAGAAGAAAAUCUAUGAUCGCCAGAUUUCCAAGCAGGGCAUGUCUGACCGGGUGGUGGAUGAUCUGAACCCUAUGCUGACCUUCACCAGGAGGGAGGUGGAAUCUCUCCUACACUUUGUCGAAGAGGACCCAGAGCUCUGCCAAGUACAGCUGCAACCUUGGGACAACAUGGAUUGCGUCCUCGGGAAGGCGUUGUGCCUCUUUCCACACCUCAUUACCAAGCAACCAUUCCCCCAUGAGUCUCUUCUCAUGGACCGCAGAGAGCUGAAGCUGAGCUCUGCUGAGAAGAAGGCUGCCAAAAAAGGCUACGAUGAAGAAAAGAGGGCAUCUGUGCCAUACACUCGCCCUUCCUACGCUCACUACUACCCAGCCAGUGACCAGAGCCUCACCAACAUCCCCGCCUUUAGCCAGCGAAACUGGCGCCCACCUCACACUGAGAAGAAACUGGGGGGCAACGUCCGACCAGUCCAAUCUGCUCCAGUUCCCGCUGUUCCUUGCCAGGUGUCUGCAGGUUCAGCUCUAACUUCCAAAGACUCAUCACCGUCUAGCUUUGGAGGUUUUCCUGUUAGCUGCUUACAAAAAGCUGGAGUUUUUGUGCAGAAGCUUAUCACCACUACAGACAUGGUGAUUCCAGGCACCAACAGCUCAACAGAUGUCAAGGCCAGAAUCACAGCCGGAGAGAGCAUCCAUGUCAUUAGAGGCACCAAAGGGACCUACAUCAGGACAUCAGAUGGCCGAAUCUUUGCUAUCAGAGCAGCUAACAAGCCUAAGAUCUCAGAGGAGAAUACUGCAACACCACACAAAGAGCCACAAGGAUCUGCAGAGGAGCAGCCAACCACUGGUAGUAGCGGUUGUCCCUCACCUGACCAAGAGCAGCCAGUAACCGACAACAGUUCGCCCUGCCACCUUUCCCCCGACAGCCCAGAGAUAAUCAAUGAGUUGCAGCGUUACACUGCAGGUAAGGGGAGUCAGCCAGAAAGGGAGGACGAGAGCAAUGUGGACAAACUGCCUUCAGCUAAACCGGCCCAAAGCAACAGCGACAGUGGAAAUGUGUCCCACCCUGAAGCCAGCAGGCCUAAUGUCAUCCAGCACAGUAUGAAUGCCACAGCUGCACAAGACUUGAGAAUAGGCUCCAAGCGCAAAGCCUCUACUCCACUGCCGGAAGAGCGGGCUAGAAAGCAGCCUGCUGCUGACGAAAUCUCCACAGCCUCUUUAGCCUCACAGGGUUUCCCCUACACAGGCGGCUACGGCCUCGUUCAGGGCUUCAAUCCCGCCGUGCUGGGUGGCUCAUGGGGACACCCGCUCUACAUGGGGGCAGGCUCACCUUUCUUCCACUCUUCCCAUACGGCUGCACUCGGCGACCCAUGUUUCAUGCCGGAGCUGUUCGGUUUAAGCGCAGUCCCCACUUCGUCCUCCACCUCAGCGCGGUCCACUUCUACUACCACCGCUGAUGUCUCAUCUUUCUCAUCGCAAACCUUCUCUGCAUCAAACGCUUCCACUUUGGCUCCAGGAACCAUGCCGCCGUUCACGUUGAGCCCCAGCCUGGCAGGCAUGGCGGGGAUGCUGCCAUCAAGCUUCGCCCUCUCUUAUAGUCAAUCCCUGGCCAGCUUGUAUCGGGGGUCAAUGCUCUCCGGCGGGCUUCCAGGUCCAGCGGCCACCCCUGGCCCAGCUGGAGAAAGCUUUCUCUCACAAUACCCACCAACCGGCUCCAGCUCUUCCUCUUCAUCUUCCCCUUCAUCCUUUUCCCCGUCGGCACACUCUGAGGACCAGAGGCCCAGAGUAACUGUAAACGGCAGGAACGUCGGUAGCCCCGACAGCUCGGAUGACGAUGAGGAAGUCGUUGAAGUAAACAGUCAAUGAAAACAAUGAUGUGUUUGUAAUGGGAGCUACAUCCUAUUUGGGGCAACCUUUAAAAAGAUCCUGUGAGGGACAACGGACAAUGCAGGAACGUCAGCGUGUCCCUUUUGUGCAAACUGCACAGUCAUGUCUUGAUGCUGAAUCUCUGAAGUUACCACCUGAAGAUAUAAAAAAAACAUUUUACAGGGCAGAAGACAAUUGGAGAAAUCAUAAACCUUGAGGCCUCUACCUUUGACCUCUAAUAAUCACUGGACAAAAUGCCUGCAGUGACUGAAAUGGCCUUUUGUUGCUCGUCGUCCAGAGAAAACAAAAUGGCAGAUUUGCCUGAGGGAAAAUGAUUUGAUAUGUUAAAUGGUAGUAAGGGUUAUUGUGUGUGUGCAUCAAUUUGCAGGGGUGGGCAAACAAUAUAGUUAAGAAUUGGAUUGAUUGUGGCAACGAUCAAUGCUUAAUCAUGUCUUGAGCCUGUUGAGAGUGAACUACUUGACUGCAACCAGCAAAGGCGCUAUUGGUUCAGCUUCAGCUCGGUUUUUGGUGUCUAAAGCUUGACAUCACAUUUACACAGUCCUCUGCUGUGGCUCUACUCUUCACUAGCAGCAUUAUUUUUGCUCAAGUUGCUGGAUGGAAGGAAGAAUUCAUACUCUCAUCUUGUUAAAAUUUUGCCCAUCCCUAAUUGCCACAUCCAAUCUUGCAAAAGAAGAUUUCUUCAACAAAUUUGAAAGAAAGCAGAACUUUUAGAAGCAUUUUGAACUUCUCUGCCAGGUGAGCAGAAUUGAAUCUUUUUGUUCUUGGAAAGACAGAUGAUGAGGUACAAAUGAUAAAACCUUAAAAGUCUUCACAGAAUGUAUUCUUAAUCAAAUGCCUUUGAACUCGGCCUUUAUGAUAAAGACCCAUACUGAGGCAUGUGACAUGGGAA